AUUUUGGGACAAUGAAAAAUGGAAUAAGGGACUAAUAUUUUGGGACGGAGGGAGUAUCAUUUUUUAUAUUUUUCAUUUACGUAAUCCACUUUUAUUCCUCAUAUUGGCAUUUGUUGCAUGAAUACAUCCAAGUGGAGAAAUAUAUAAUUCCCAGGUGUCAACACAAAGCACAAAAACAUUUUGCCCUAUAAAUUUACCAAAGAUGAUGAACUGAGAGCAUAGUGAAGUGAAAUUUGAGAGAGAGUUAUAAAAAACAAUUUGGAGAGAAAAAGAGAGAAGAAUGGGUUCAGAAGCAGCUAAGGUGAAAUCAAUCUUCAUAUACCCGAUCAAAUCAUGCCGUGGAAUCUCUGUUUCUGAAGCACCCCUCUCUUCCACUGGAUUUCGGUGGGAUCGACAAUGGUUAGUUGUGAAUUCCAAAGGUAGGGCAAUUACACAACGAGUUGAACCAAAGCUUGCUCUGGUCCAAGUAGAGCUGCCAAGUGAGGCAUUCUCCGAGGGUUGGCAACCUACUAAGAGCUCAUAUUUAGUGAUAAGGGCUCCUGGUAUGGAUGAGCUAAAGGUUCCCUUGACUAAACCUCGUGAAAUUUCUGAUGGUGUCUCGGUGUGGGAGUGGUCUGGCUCUGCAUUUGAUGAGGGAACUGAAGCAUCAAAAUGGUUCUCCAAUUUUCUUGCAAAGCCCAGUCGGCUAGUGCGUUUUAAUGAAGUAACGGAGACCAGGCCUGUCAACCGUGAGUAUGCUCACGGAUACAAAGUUAUGUUUUCUGACCAGUUUCCAUUCCUCCUGAUAUCCCAGGGAUCGUUGAAUGCUCUGAAUACGCUUCUCAAGGAACCUAUAUCAAUCAACCGUUUCAGACCCAAUAUCUUUGUUGAUGGUUGUGAACCAUUUGCUGAAGACCUAUGGAAGGAGAUCAUGAUAAACAAGUUCACAUUUCAUAGUGUCAGGUUAUGCAGCCGCUGCAAGGUGCCCACAAUUAAUCAAGAAACUGCGAUCGGAAGCUCUGAGCCAACUGAAACUCUUGUGAAAUUCCGGUCGGAUAAAGUUCUGCGUCCAACUAAGAAACAGCAUGGCAAGGUCUACUUUGGACAAAAUUUGGUGUGCAUGGACUCCACUGAAGGAAAAGGAAAGAUCAUCAAAGUGGGAGACCCUGUCUAUGUCCACAAGGUGGUUCCUUCCUGUGCUGAUGCAGCUGCUUAAACUUCUUUCCUUUUCUUUUUUCCCUUUUUCUUUUUGGUCGGAGGACCGAGAUACAAUAACAAGUAGCAGGUGGUACAAAUAUGAACCUUUGAAACUUUUUACACCCAACCUCUCAUAUGAGAGUGUUUGGGUGAUGUCAUCUGAACUACAAGUCAAUGGCUUGUAUGCUGUGUUAACAAGAAAACAUGCAUCUAUGUUGCAGUAAAUAAAAGAACUAGUGGGUUGAUUGCUAA